AUGCCACUCACAAGGAAAGGAACACGCCCGAAACCGGCCAGCUAUGAGGUGUUGAACAAUAACGUGGAUUAUGGGACGCGCCGGAUUGACCAGCUGCCGCGUCCGUACAGCUGCCAGGUGACACCGUACCGGGAGUUGGAGUUUAGUGGCCGCACGAAACGAGCUGCCCAGGCUGUCGUGCCGUUCCUAUUGGGGCCGUGUAAAGCCAUUUUCAUCGGGGACAUCGGCACGGGAAAAACGGCUCUAGUGAAUCGCUUUUGUCACGAGUCGUUUGGUGAUGAGUACACCGCAAGGAUCGGGCUGAACUUCGAAGUGGAGCGUUUUCAGAUCCUUAACCAACCGUACAACCUGCAGAUCUGGGAUACGGUGGGUCAUGAGAGGUUCAAGUGCAUCACCCGGUCGUACCUUCGCAACACCGGCGUUAUCGUGAUUGUGUUCGAUAUGACACGCCCGGAAACGCUUGCCAUCGGGAAGCAGUGGUUGGAUGAUGCGUUGCAGUUGAACCCGGGCCCGGUGUUGAAGUUCCUCGUUGGCACCAAAAAGGAUCUGCUGGGCGAUCAGGCACUCUGUGAUAUUGAGCUGGAGGCAAUCAAGAUGGCGUACGAGAUAAACGCCGAGUAUUGGCCGGUUUCGGCGAGGACCGGUGAAAAUGUGACCAAGUUUUUCCGCCGACUGACGGCCCUUGCGUUCGAUUAUGGUGUUCAGCGGGCAAUGGAAUCGAGUGUGACGCUGCAGCAACCCACCGGAAAUAGCUUGUUAAAUCUGUACUAUCUGCGCAAAGAGAAGAAGGAGCGAAAGUUUCUCAAAUGCUUAAACUGUAGAAUAAACUAA